AUGUCAUCUUCCAUGUAUCAGCAUCAAGGGUUUGUCAUGUCAGCAGAGCGACUGCAAAGGCAGCCAAGUUACGAAGAUUGGUUUCCCUCAUCAUGUCGACGCAAUUCAUCCAGAGACAAUAUAAUUCAAAGCUUGACAGUGAACAUUUGCGAUACGUUCAGAAAGCGAAAUCCAUGCUUCGAGUACGAUACUUCCUUUAAUCCCAAAAGAGUCUUGACAAAGCCAGGCGUACCUUCGAAAAACGAUGGAUGUGAUAACGAGAAUUCAGAUUUUAUACUCUAUGUGCAUGGUUUAGUGGGACCAAGCGAUGAAAAAAAAUAUCUAAUUAUAGAUGUGCUGGGGGCGGGCACAUUUGGACAGGUUGCAAAAUGCAAGAAUCUAACAACGGGUGAGUUGGUGGCACUCAAGAUUAUCAAGAACAAGCCUUCCUACACAAAGCAGAGUCUAGUGGAAGUCAACAUACUAAAACACCUAAACACAGUCAGUGAUCCCAACGACGAACACAACAUUCUACGGAUGAAGGAGUCAUUCAUGCAUAAGAACCACCUAUGUCUUGUAUUCGAGCUCUUAUCAGUCAAUUUGUACGAGUUGGUAAAGCAAAAUCAUUUUAAAGGUUUAUCUACAAAUCUGGUGCGAGUGUUUUCAGCCCAAAUACUGGAUACUUUAGCAAUCAUCAAAACUGCCGAAAUCAUUCACUGCGAUCUGAAACCCGAAAACAUUCUGCUCAAGAGCUUGGAAUCUCCCACCAUCAAGGUCAUUGAUUUUGGAUCAGCUUGCCAUGAAUCACAGCAAACGUACACCUAUAUUCAAAGCAGGUUCUAUCGGUCUCCAGAAGUACUGAUUGGACUUCGAUACACAACAGCGAUUGAUAUGUGGUCUUUUGGCUGCAUCGUGGCAGAGCUGUACUUGGGCCUGCCUCUCUUUCCUGGAAGCUCUGAAUACAACCAGCUGACUCGCAUCAUUGAAGCAGUUGGAAAUUUGCCAGACUACAUGAUUCAGCGAGGAAAGCAUGGACAUCGCUAUUACAACAAACGAACAACAUUCACUGGCGAGGUUCGGUACUCGUUCAAAGAUAUCCGGCAAUACUCAGAGGAGAGAAACAAGACUGAAAAGCCAAGCAAACGCUACUUUUCGACAUUCAACCUGGAUGAGCUCGUUUUGAAAUACCCAUUACCAAAAGGCAUGAACAGUUCUGAAAUAGAAAAAGAGAUGAGAGUGAGGCGGCAUUUGCUGGAUUUUCUCAAGAAGGCGCUACAAGUAGAUCCCGUCAAACGCAUGACGCCGCAAGAAGCCUUCAAUCACCCAUUCAUAUCAGGAAAGAAGCGAUAUUCAAGGAAUCUGGACGAGUUUAUCUCGUUGGGGAAAGGAAUCAAGAAGCGCACAAAGCACGAUGGCUCUGAUUCCAGCGAUAACGAGGAAGAAAUGGAGGAAGAGGAGCUGGAUGUGCCACCAAUGCUCACAGGUGUAAGACGAAGAUCGUAUGCCAACAAGGAGGCCAGAAGCAGCACAAGUGUAUCGCCCUACUCGAGGAAACGAUAUGGGUCUAUUAUAAGCCCAAUGAUGUCUCCACCACUGGAAAAACUAACGACCAACUCUUCGUCUGUGUCGCCAUCUACUGAAUAUUUAACUGAACAAGCACACAAUCAAAACGCAGAUAUGAUGAGACGGUAUCGAGAUCAUUACCACAGCAAUAGGUAA